AUGUCCAUCUCCCGAUGGUUCAAGAAACCAUCUUUCACACAUGGUGCGCCUGAUAUCUCUGAACCAAAAGAGACCGCCGCGGCACAAUCGUCGCCACUGAGCGAACCCCCCUCCUCCUUUGUGUAUGACGAUUUGUUGCCCGCAUCUGAACAAGAUGCCGAUGCGCAGCUCAAAGCAGCACUACAGCUGUUGACCCGGGAAAGUGUUCCAGCCCCAUCUGUCAACAACAGCUUCCAGAGUAUCGAGACUGAAGCCACUGGUACAUCUCAGCGGAUCAUAAAGAAUGGGAAAGAGACCGUGAUAAGCUCUGAUGGCGAAGAGACAGAUUCAGACUGCUCCCUGGAAGAUGCGGGGUCCCUCUUUCCCCGGGUUGCAAAGAAUAAAGCCUCCACUCCACUCAAACCAGUGUGUUCACCAAAGAAAUGGAAAUACAACCUAGACUCUCUUGUCCACGAAGCAGUGGAUGAUAAUGAGAUCGAAGCCACUGUUGACCGAUACAGAGCCAACCUAGCUGAAAAACCAAAGACCCCGGUGCCUCUUGGCAACAAGCUGGAUGAAAGCAUGCUACUUAAAGCGAUCGGCCAGAAAGAAGAUGGACCCCAACCCCAUCGUGUGCUGGGUGCUAUCAGGAGAACCAACGCUCUUGAUUAUGACCGCAACUGGCUGUUCUUCGAUCCUACACAAGAAUUGCCCCCAGCUCCCGAAUUCCCACAUGUUGGUGCAGCUGGAGCUAAACUAGAAAUACUGAAUGGUAUGUUCUUCGGCUUCGUGACUUCUCUGCACCCAAUACUAAGUAUUACUUUAGACCGCGGAUCCCGUGAACGUCUGUUCAUGUCUACCGACUUCAUUUUAACAGCCUUGUCCAAGGGGAUGCUAUCAGACGAAGUUGUGCUGUGGAUGCUCCAAUCCAGUUUGUUUACAUCGCCCUGCGCCCUGGUCUGCAAGACUAACAUCACCGUCACAGUUCCCUAUGAGCGAGAUGAGCUGAAUGCCGCUUUUGGUCGAAUUAUGGAGAGAAUGGACCCAGAACACCUGGGGUCCAUCAUUCGCCCAGCUGACGUGGACGAGUUGUUCCAGCGACUGGGGGCUCGGAGGCAAGCCUUAGACCCGCUUCACAAAAUAGCCCCCAUGAGCCACCACGAAAUAACUACGGCUACCAAGCUGAAGAAUCAUGCCCCGUUGAUUUCGGUUCUCAAGUUGUUCCGAGGAACCGACAUCAUAUCUUCGUGGGUCGUCUACUGCUCCGCGUGA